CUACUGUAAAAAAAAAGAUGCUGAUUUUGAUACAUCUUUUAUCCAGACCCUGACUAAAAUUUCUUAUUAGUUUUUAUAGAAUUUUGCUUACUCUCUUAGACUUUCUCACUAUAUAUCAUCUAUAAAUAAUAAUUUCAUCAUGUCCAGUAUAUGUUGUCUUUAUUUCAUUAGUGCAAAAACAAAUUGGAAUAAUCAUGGUGAUACUGAACAUCUUUGUCUUAUGAUUUAAUUGAAUGGGAAUGACCAGUAUAAUUUGUGCUAUUGGCUUGUAGUAGUCUUUCAAAUGUUUAGAUUGCCCUUUAUACCUGUUGUACUUAAAGACUUGCCAAAGCGUCUACUUAAAAACAUUAUCAAAUACCUAUGUUUAUAGAUCACAUUUUCCACUUUGACAUGAUAAUGCAAUGUAUUGUGUUGCUUUUUUGUUCUUGGGAUAAUAAUAGCUAACACUUAUUGAGCAUUUGUUAGAAGCCAGGCACUAUUCUAAGAAUUUUGUACUUACUAAUUAAUCUUCAUAACAACUUCAUACUUUAGGUACUAUUAUCUCCAUUUUACAGGUGAAAAAACUAAGGAGAGGUGAAAUAAUUUGCCCAAGGUCAUACAGAUUAUAGUAACAAAACUUGUAUUUGCUAUGAUGCAAAUAUUUUAUUCAGGAUUUUGUAUUUAAAAUUUUUGCAUUAAUUUUUUCUUUUCUCUUGGAAUUUGUGAACUUUUGAAAAAUGAAUUGGGUGUUUUCUAAUCUUUUUUUUUGUGCUACAGAAUGAGAAUCACAUAGGAAUCAGGUGGUCCUUGUAGAUUGUAUACAACUGGCCUAUAAAAUCAAGUAGCUGAUUUAGUGGUAGAUCUUUUGAAAAUAUUUGAAUUGGUAAUAUGGUUCUAGAUCUGAUCAUUUUUUCCACCUUUCCUUAGGUUUGGAAAUAAAAAUAUUCUAAUAUAGCAACUCUUUCUUUAGAUUUAAAGAAUUAAAAAAAAUUUUUUUAAUGUUUAUUUAUUUUGAGAGAGAAAGUGCACGUGCGAGCAGGGGAGGGGCAGAGAGAGUGGGAGGCACAGAAUUUGAGGCAGGCUCCAGGCUCUGAACUGUCAGCACAGAGCGCCAUGCAGGGCUCGAACUCACAAACGGUGAGAUCAUGACCUGAGCCAAAGUUGGACCCUUAAUUGACUGAGCCACCCAGGUGCCCUAGAUUUAAAGAAAUUUUGAUAUGAAGUUGCAUCAGUAUUCUAGUAAUUUUCUUAAUCUCUUCAUUGUAGUUUUAAAUUUCCUUUUUCAUUUAAAUGUUACCUAUAUUUUUCCUUACGGAAAGUUCCUUACUGGAACCUUCUAGGGGUUUAUCUACUUCAUUCAGCUUUUCAAGAACCAACUUUACUCUUUUCCUUUUUUGUCAGAAUCACUAAUUUUACAUUUAGGUUUAUUAAUUCCAUCCAUGUACAUAUUUUCCCUUUUUUUUUUUUUUUUUAAGGUUUAAGGCUUAGCAGAUUUACAUAUAUAUUUUUUAUAAAGGACAUUUAUGUCCACAGAUUUUAAAAGGAUAGUAGCUAAAGUGAGCAUCUGCAUUUCACUUUUAUGUUUUUUAAAUAUUUGUUUAUUUAUAUUGAGACAGAGAAAGAUAGAGGGAGAGGUAUCUAGAAUCCCAGUCAGGCUCCACACUCAGUGAGGAGCCUGAUGUGGGGCCUGGAUCUCACAACCAUGAGAUCAUAAUCUGAGCUAAAAUCAAGAGUCAGACACUUAACCCACUGAGCCACUUAGGUGCUCCUGUAUUUUACUUAAAAAAAGAAAAAAAUCCAGUUAAAUUAGUUUGACCAACCAGGUAAAAAAUUUUUUAAAUAUGAAUAUUCCUUCAUUCUCAAAGAGCUUAGAUUCUGUUACACAAAUCAGAGUAAGUGUUAUUAAGAGAAAUGGAGAGUACUAUAGGAACACAUUUUUUAGGGCAAAAUAUUAAUAUCUUCAAGGUUUGGCUUAAAAUCCCUUUUCUCCAUAGAUUUUUUUAUUGACAUCCUUUGUAUUUGCACAGACAUUUUCCCUAAUUUAUAGUUCCAGAAACAUAUUAAAGGGAGUUAAAAAAAAUUGCUUAGGAUCUUAGAACUCAGUAUUAGGGCUGUCUAGCUCCUUUAUUUCUUUUAGAAAAACUUAGCAUACCUUUAAGAGUAAAAUAGAUUUUUUUAGAGAGAGAGUGCUAGCUGGGAAGAGGGGCAGAGGGAGGGAGAGAUAGAGGAUCUCAGCAGGCUCCAUGCUCAGCACAGAUCCCAUGACCCUGGGAUCAUGACGAGCCGAAACCAAGAGUUGGAACACUCAACUGACUGAACCAUCCAGGCACCCCAUAAAGUGGAAUUUUUAAAAACGUUUAUUUUUUGUGAGAGCGAGAGAGAGCAUGCACAAGCAGGGGAGUAGUAGAGAGGGAGAGAGAGAUUCUUAAGCAGGAUCCAUGCCCAGCAUAGAGCCUUAUGGAGGGCUUGAUUUCACAACUGUAAGAUCAUGACCUGAGCUGAGAUCAAGAGUUGGAUGCUUAACUGAGCCACCUAGGCCCUCCUGAAAAUUUUUAAUGUCUCAUGACCAGAGCUUAAGUCCUGUUAUAUAAAUCAGACUGAAUGAAGAUAUGAAUUUGUGACAAAAGUGCAGAGUUUAUAGAAUACUGAAUGUUGUAGUAUGAGAAUUAUACCAACAGUGUGAACACAGAGCUAAUUGUUCAUUCACCCACCAUACAUUUAAUGAGUGCUUGAGUGGUAAGUACAUUUCCAGGCACUGGGGUUAUGGCAGUGAAUCAGAUAAAAAAUUUCUAUCCAGGUGGAGCUUUUAUUUUAACGGGAGACAUAGACAACAAAUAAGAACUAUAAAAAUGUACGAAUGUAGUAAGUGCUAUGGAGGAAAACAAAGGGAAGAGGGAAAGGAAGUAUCAGUCAAGAUGGAGUGUUGGAAUUUUAGACAGUGUGGCAUAUUGUUCAGUAUUUGCUGCAUAGCAAAUCACCUCAAAACUCAGUGGUUAUAAAUCAUGAGCAUUUAUUUCUUGCUCACCAGACUUUGAGUUGACUGCAGUUAGUCUGAUCUAGACCUGGCUUGGCUGAGUGGCUCUGCUUCAGCCAUUUUGUGGGGAGAAGGCAGUAUCUAGAGCUCAGUUUCAGUUAUGUUUCGAUAUCUACUAGACAUCCAGGAGAUGCUGAAUGGGCUGUCGAAUAUAUUAUUUGUAGUUAAGGGAGAGGUCAAGGCUAAAGGUAAAAAUUUAAAGCCUUGAACCUAAAUGAUAAAAGGUGAGUGUGGAUAGAAAAACUAAACCACAGGGUACUUAAAUAUUUAGAGGAAACAACAAAGAACACUGAGUAGCUGCCAGAAGACAGAGGCCCUGUCUUGAUUCCAUGGUUAUCUGCAGGGAUAGUUUUACAGUAGUAUAUGGGCUACUUUUGACCUGUAAAGAAGGGCUCAGGUUGGCAGAGAAGGCAGUCUUAAUUUACACACAAGCUCCGUCUUCUGCCUUCUGAGGACUUGCGGUAUUCAGAAGAAAGGUGGCUUCAUUCUUUAAAUUAAAUAUUGAGUGCUUGAAGUGUACCAGGUGCUGUUGUAGGCUCUGCAGAUAUAUAGCAGAGGGAUUAAAAAAAAAUUCCUGACUUUGUGGAGCUUCUAUUCAGUGGAGAUGUGAGGCCAGAUGUAAAUUAGGAGAUUAUUAAGUAUGCAUAAAUAGCAGGUAGAACAAAAGUUCUAUUGGCCCGGGUUCCAAAGAUUCAAGGCAAAGAAAUCUAGUGGUAGAAAAUUGGCAGAGGUCUAGGCAUGGACUCAUUUGGAUACCUUGUCUCUACUAUAGUUAAAACAAUAUUAAAUAUUCAAAUAUUCAAAUAUUAAUAUUAAAUUGAUUUUGCCCUUUAUGCAGAGCCAGAAAACUAAGUCUGUAGAAUUAAUGUCAACUUUGAUUUUUGAGAAAUGUUACCCUCAACACAAAGGCAAAAAACCUGUUAAGCCAACAUUGUUCUCUUUUCAAUUAUUCUUCCUGUUUCUUUUCCCAAUCAAGUGUUAAAAUUCAACUUACCUCUAAAUGAUUUGCCAAACCAUAAAAUUAACUUUUUCACUUUUCAAACAAUUCCUGUUUUGUUUUGUUUUUUUUUUCCAUGCACAUUUCACAGAAUUCAACUUUAGUUUAAGUACAUGGUUUGGGUAAUUUGGGUAAAUGUUUUUUACCCCAAUUUCACAUCUAAUUUCAUAUCUCAGUAUCAGAAGGUUGCCUUUUUUUUUUAAACAUAAAUAUUAUCCAUUGUUUCUGAAUCCCAAUUUUGCAGAUAAAGGUAAGUGACAUAAUUUUAUUUUAAAUUAAGGUACAAUAAUCAUUUUUACCUAUAGUAUUUAUUGAAGACCUACUUUAUACAGAGCCAAGUCCUUUGCAUAUCUCAUUUUUAAAUUUUCAGUCUUUCAGAAAGUAGAUAUUACUAUGUUCAUGAAAGAUAUUAUUAUGUUCUGUUUCUUUAAUUAAAAUGUGAAACCAUUUUCUAAGAUAGUGGCAUCCAAAGUGGAAUAUGCACACCUUGGGAUAUGUGAAGCUAUCAGGGUGUGGGAACAAUUAGAAAUUUUUACUUAUUUUGAUAUCAUUCUUUUUUAUUUUAUAUUAUAGUAAUAUCUGUAUAUAAUUCAUAAAUGAAUUGCUUUUCAUGUAUUGUCAGUGUAUUCUCAGACUUAUUGCUUUAGAUACAUGGUGAUCAAAAAAAAUUUGGAGACUUCUCCAAAAUUGUUAACCUUAACAGAGCAUUUAAACACAUAUUAAUUAUUGUUCAUUUUAGUAGCACGUGUAGUACUGGCAUUUUUCUGAGUUGUUUUCUUGAACAAAUGGAUUUUCUUCGCAAAAACUAAUGAGAAUAAUAUAUUAUGAAAUUAUCAGAUGUCAUGAUUAUCUUUACAGUAUCAUUACUAGUCAGUAAGGUCACAUAAAUAGUUUUGUUUCUAAGUGUUUGUCUUUAUGCAUAUUACUCGGUUUAGCUCAAAAUUGAACACCACGCUUAAAUAGUUAAAUAUUGCACUUAAUGGGACCUAGUGGAAAGAAUAUGGAAUUUGCAGUUAGUGAAACUUGGGCCUGAAUUUCUGCUUUUAUUAAUUUGUUAGCAAUAUGAACUCUAAAUCCCUCAGUUGCUUACUUUUUAAAAUGAAUUACAGUAAUGUUUAUUUCACAGUUGUGUGAGGAUCAGAUGUGUAUUCACUGUACAUAGGUACUUAGCCUAGAGCCAGACACAUAGGAGCUGAUGAAAAUUAAUCUUAUUUUUGAUGAAACCACAGUUAUUUACACCCAAUUAAUUUUAUGAGAGAAAAUUCUUCAUAACCAAACCUUGACCUACCUUCUCAGCUAAACUCUUCUUACAAAUAUAUGUCUUUCUGAGAUAAUGAGUCUUCUUACAUUGUGGAUCAGUCUGGAUUUGGGUAUUGUAGGCCUUGUCAUUGGUGGUGAGAGAGUCAAGUGCAUAUUAUAUACUCUACUUCCUGCUUGAUUAUCAUCUCUACAUGUGUCAUGUGUCAACAUUCUGCCUUGUUUCCUUUUUCUCAUCAUUGUCUAAUAACAGUAAUGACAACAUUGCUGAAAAUAUUCUGCUUUGGAAAAUUUGCUUAGUGGUAACAUGCUCCUUCCAAGGGUUUCUAGCUGUGUUUCUGAACAGUGUGAUUUUCGCAGUGUUACCUGUAAAUAAAAGGAAACUGAUGGGUAUUUUAAUAUCUGGAUUUUUUUCCCCAGGUAAAUCCUAACCUGUGCGUAUUCAUUAUAGGUACAUUCCAAAUAUUAAAAACAAAUUAAUAUAUGUUCUUUAGGUUUGCUAAGUGUUGAAGUAACUGGAUAGGUCUGAGGGUCUGAGGAAAAUUAAAAACCUUCUCCAAACAAACAAAAAACAAACCUACUCCUGACAAGAUGCUGGUUUUGACAAGGAUAUUUCCUAUUUUGGCAGAUUUAUAAGGAAGGGUGCUGGGUGUACAUUGCAGGGUUCUUCCUUUCUGAUAUAAGCUGCCAGACAGUGCUAAUAAUGAUUUUUUUCAAGAUGACGAGCUGAGGUAUGACAGUGAAUUCCCUGAUCUUUUAGGGCAAGAAUGCUCUUCAGUUUAUGAUAACUUUUGCAACGAUUUUCCAACCAUUAUCCAUGAGUCCUGGAGUUUGCCUUAAACAAACUUUUUUCUUUGUGGUAAAAUAAUGUUUUGGCUACUUGUGUCUAGCUAGGUAUGUUCAUUUUGUGGCCUUGCCAGGAAGUCAGAUAAAAAAAUGGAAGAAAUUAAUGGAAAAUUAGAAAACCAAAUAAUCAAUAUAUUGUGUUCACUCUUAACACAGUAACAAAAUAAUGGUAUAACCUGUGUGAGUCUAACCUGAUGGUCCUAGCAAUUCUUGUCUACCUGGAGCUCACACUUGAGUAAUAAAGACUUUCAGAGUGCUAGAGUCAUAGAGCCUCUACUUUAAAAGCCACCAAGAAUGGCUGUUGCUGCUUGCAUAGUAAACAUAAUCAGAUCAAUAAUAUUUAAAAUUUUGGUUAUAAGGAAACUCCCAUUACUGAUGUCUUGCCUUAUUCCUAGAAAGCAUCCUCUUCAUAAUGUUUUAAGCCUUGAAGUAAUGACUACUCAUAUGGAGCAAAACAUCUCACAUCUCUAAGGAAUUUUUUGGAAUUCUUUUGGGAAAAUCUAGCAGAAGUGUUAACAAGCAGUGUCAGAGACCUGCUUUGCUAACAAACCAAUGAACUUCUGAGAUACUUCUGUAAUUCAGUGCUGAUGUCGUAAACCAACUUUUCUGUUCUUGUUUUGAGAGAGCGAGCGAGUGUGAGUGGGGGAGAGGGGCAGAGAGAGAGAGAGAGAGAGAGAGAGAGAGAGAGAGAGAGAGAAUCUCAGGCAGGCUCCACUUAGUGCAGAGCCAGACAUAGGGCUUUAUCUCAUGACCUGGGAUCAUGACUUGAGCCGAAAUUAAUAGUUGAACGCUCAGCCUACUGAGCCACCCAGGUGUCCUGUAAAUCCAGCUUUUUAAAAUAACUAUCAAGAUUUUACCAAGUUGCAUGUUCAAGGUUGUUUAUUGCAGCAUUGUUAGUAAUAGCAAAAGAAAAAAAGGGAAGACCAGAGAGGAAGUGUUUAUCCAUAGUUGUCUGGUGAAAUGAUACAUUUAUACAAUGGUAUAUCAUACUGUUUAAGGAAUAUGACAUGUGUCAUAUGUGCUGAUGUGAAAAACCCAAGAUGCCAAAUGUGCAAACUAAGCUGCAUUUGUGCCAUGUGGGAUAUAUUUGAAAAAUGUGUUUUUUGUCCCAGCUCUUAAUCUCAUUAUUUCCUUUCCAUAUGGUAGCAAUUCUCCAUCAAGGUAGAGAAUUGGAAGAAAAAACUGAUUUUGCUACAAAUUUAAACAAAAUUUGUUGAUGAUAAUGAAGGGAUGAUAGUAACACAUAGUAAUUACUAUGUGCUAGGUCUUGUUCUAUUACAUAUUUUAAACAUUUAAUCUUGAUGACCCUGUGAAGCAAGUACCAUCUUUUUUGUUUUGUUUUGUUUUUUAUUUAUUUUUAAAUUUGCAUCCAAGUUGGCAUAUAGUGCAACAAUGAUUUCAGGAGUAGAUUCCUUGAUGCUCCUUACCCAUUUAGCCCAUCCUCCCUCCCACCACCCCUCCAGUAACCCUCUGUUCUCCAUAUUUAAGAGUCUCUUAUGUUUUGUCCCCUUCCCUGUUUUCGUAUUAUUUUUGCUUCGCUUCCUUUAUGUUCAUCUGUCUUGUGUCUUAAAGUCCUCAUGAGUGAAGUCAUAUGAUCCUUGUCUUUCUCUGACUAAUUUCGCUUAGCAUAAUACCCUCUAGUUCCAUCCAUGUAGUUGAAAAUGGCAAGAUUUCAUUCUUUUUGAUUGCCGAGUAAUACUCCAUUGUGCAUAUAUACCACAUCUUUGUCCAUUCAUCCAUCGAUGGACAUUUGGGCUCUUUCCAUACUUUGGCUAUUGUUGAUAGUGCUGCUGUAAACGUUGGGGCGCACGUGUUCCUUUGAAACAGCAUGCCUAUAUCCCUUGGAUAAAUGUCUAGUAGUGCAAUUGCUGGGUUAUAGGGUAGUUCUAUUAAUUUUUUGAGGAACCUAAAGUGGGUCCCAUCUUUAUUUUCCAGAUGAGGAAACUGAAGCACAGAUGUUAAUUAGUUUCAAGCAAGGUUGCAUAGCUAAUGUGUAUCAAAGCAGUUCUGUAUACCCUUGCAGGAGUAUUCCAAUAUUUUUUGUGCUCUUAACUACCAGUGCUAUGCAAUCUCUCAACUUUUGACAUUGAUAUGAAAUCUAAAUGAGGUACUUUAUGUCAUUUUUCUUUCUUGUAGACAAAUGAUUGUAAAUAUUACAUAAUACCAGGAUAGUCUUAGUGUUCUUCCUCAGAACAAUCUGUUAUGUGUUUACUUAAUUAACCUUUGUAUUUUUUUUUAAUGUUUGUUUAUUUUUGAGAGAGAGAGUGGGAGAGGGGCAGAGAGAAAGGGAGACCAGGAAUCCCAAGCAGGCUCCACACUGUCAGCACAGAGCCAGACGCAGGGCUCUAUCUCGCAAACCGUUGGAUCUUGACCUGAGCCGAAAUCAAUAGGCAGACGCUUAACCAACUGAGCCAACCAGGCUCUUUUCAUUUUAAAUCAUUUAGGUGGUUCUCAACUGGGGCAUUUUGUCCCCCAGGGGACAUUUGGCAGUGCUUGGAAACACUUUUGGUUUUCACAAUGGACCUGAGAGGUGGGAGAGAGUUGCUUUUGGCACCUAUGAGGUAGAAGCUAGCGGUGCUCCAAAACAUCCUUAAAAUGCAGAGUAUAUCUUCCCAUAACAAAGCUUCAUCUAGCCUAAAAUGUCCAUAGUGUCAAGAUUGAGGAACCCAGAUUUAGUGGGCACAAGAGAAGUUCUCACAACUGAAUUUCUCUCUUGAAAAAUAACUUAUAUUAUUUUGUUUUCAAACUAAUAGCAUUGAGAAAAAUGAGUUGAAUUUUAAUGUUUUUGCACACGAUAACUCCCUUUUUCCAUCUGGCAUUGUGUGAUCUGUAAGGGCCAGAACUGACAAGAGUAGUAAAUCCAUGGGACAUCUAUCUACCCACACACUGAAAUGUGAAUUUUUGGCUAGUUAGAGCCUCUAACUUGGUCAGAUGACUUACGAUGAGCACUCGAGUAGAUUUAAAAAACAGUGUGCUUUUAUAAUGUUGAGGUGACAAGUGCUGUAAGGUAAACAUUUGAAUGAAUGAUUAAACAAUUAGAAACAAAACUGUGCCUGCUUUGUUGUGAAUAAGCCACCUUUAAAAGUAGGGGGAGGUGGAAUACUUUUGCGAUUAAAAAAAGUUUGGUACAAUUUCAGUAGAUAAGAGGGAGCUGGGAGCUCAGAGGGAGCAGUAAGAAAGGCAUUUUACUGUUGGAUAAGGAUAAAGAUGGCAGGACUUUGUUUUUGACCAGUAAAACAGCCUGUGGAUAAGAUCAUUUUGCUUGGUGGAUAAAGGUGUGCUAGAAAUUGACACUGACCUUUAACUUGCCCUCUGAUCAAUUAGCCAGCAUCUGAAUAGGUUCCUGUGGACAAGCAAUCCCUCAGUUCCAGGAAGGGAGGUAAAUUUUUAGUUUCUUGCUGACAGGGAAAGCCUGUUGAGAUGAACACACCAGGGGAAACCAGAUUCAUCCUUUAUCCCAUGUUAACCCUGAUUUUAAAGGUUUCCUUCAGCCUCUUCUAGAAUGGUAAGAACCUCUGGAUUAUUUUAGAAGCAGUGUGUUAAUGUUUCGGGCUGGCUACUUCCUUUCUGUUGCUAGGCACUUACGCCUUCCUUCCCAGCAGAGGCUGUAAAGUGCCACCGUCACCGCGGCUGCUGCUAUUGCAGUAGGGUUUGCCACACAUGAUCUGCUUAGCUCCUGGGGAAAUGAUGGGGUUGAUGAUAUUCUCCUGGAAAACCUUUCACCACAGAGAUUCAUCUCAGCUGAGCACUGAAUAGCUUAGCAGAGGCCUUCCAUCUUCUCUACCUUGUUGCCAGAGGACUUUCUUCCCUUUUCAGCCUUGUGAUCUGUGCAGACAACUGACUGAAGGAGAGCUUAUCAGAGGGGGAGCUUUAAACAUCAGUAGUAAAAGUCUGUAAGCAUUUGAAUAAGACUUUUGCAAAACACAGUCUGCAGCAUGGAUUCUCUACCAGAGCAGUUUUUUAUGAGUAGGGAUCCUCCUGUGGAGGAGCAGAUUAAGGAGGACAUCAAGAAUAAGAUAGAAAAAUCAACUGAUCAACUGGAUAAACAGGAAAAGGACACACCUACAGAUCUUGUCUCUGUUAACCUACUAGUAGAGAUGAAGAAGUUAUUGAAUGCAAUUAAUACUCUACCAAAAGGUGUGGUCCCUCACAUUAAGAAGUUCUUACAAGAAAAUUUUUCCUUCCAAAUCAUGCAGAGAGAAGUUGCAGCUAACAGUCAGAAUGGGGAGGAAAUUGUUCCUGUUUUAACUUUACGUUUCUUGAUAACACAACUGGAAGCAGCACUUAGGAAUGUUCAGGCUACUAAUUAUACUGCACAUCAGAUUAAUAUUGGUUAUUAUCUGACAUUAUUAUUUUUGUAUGGAGUAGCACUCACUGAAAGAGGAAAGAAAGAGGAUUAUACAGAAGCAGAGAAUAAAUUUCUAGUGAUGAAGAUGGUGAUCCAAGAAAAUGAAAUUUGUGAAAACUUUAUGUCUUUAGUUUAUUUUGGACGUGGUUUGCUUCGAUGUGCUCAGAAGAGAUAUAAUGGAGGACUGCUAGAAUUUCAUAAAAGCUUACAAGAAAUAGGAGAUACAAAUGAUCAUUGGUUUGACAUAGAUCCUGCAGAAGAUGAAGAUUUACCUACAACUUUUAAAGAUCUUCUUAAUGAUUUUAUCAAGACAACUGAAAGUAAUAUAAUGAAGCAGACCAUUUGCAGUUAUCUAGAUUGUGAGCGAUCUUGUGAAGCUGACAUUUUAAAGAACACCAAUUACAAGGGAUUUUUUCAGUUAAUGUGCAGUAAAAGCUGCUGUGUUUAUUUCCAUAAAAUUUGUUGGAAAAAGUUCAAAAAUUUAAAAUAUCCAGGUGAAAAUGACCAGAGUUUUAGUGGGAGAAAAUGUUUGAAGGAAGGAUGUACAGGUGACAUGGUAAGGAUGCUACAAUGUGAUGUACCUGGAAUUGUUAAAAUUUUGUUUGAAGUUGUGAGAAAGGAUGAAUAUAUAACCAUUGAAAAUUUAGGAGCAAGCUAUAAAAAGUUGAUGUCUCUGAAAAUUACUGAUACUGAUAUAAGACCGAAGAUCAGUUUAAAAUUUAGUGCAAAAGAUGAAAUGCCUAUCUUCAAACUUGAUUAUAAUUAUUUCUAUCAUCUGCUUCAUAUAAUUAUCAUUUCUGGUACUGACAUUGUCCGGCAAAUAUUUGAUGAGGCUAUGCCACCCCCUCUUUUGAAAAAAGAACUUCUUAUACACAAGAAUGUGCUGGAACCCUACUACAACCAUCUUUGGACCAAUCACCCUUUGGGUGGAGCAUGGCAUCUGCUUUAUCCCCCAAACAAGGAGCUACCGCAGUCCAAACAGUUUGACUUAUAUCUCCUAUUAGCUCUCAUAAAACAUUUGAAUGUAUUCCCUGCACCCAAAAAAGGCUGGAAUAUGGAACCACCAUCUUCUGAUCUCUCUAAGUCUGCCGACAUCUUGAGGCUGUGCAAACACAGGGAUAUCCUCCUUAGUGAGAUUUUGAUGAAUGGUCUCACUGAGUCACAAUUCAAUUCAAUUUGGAAAAAAGUUUCAGAUAUUCUUCUGCGUCUUGGGAUGAAGCAAGAGGAUAUUGACAAAGUGAAGGAGAAUCCCAUUGAGAAUAUCUCCCUUGAUUACCAUCAACUGUCCAUCUACCUAGGCAUACCAGUACCAGAAAUCAUCCAGAGGAUGUUAUCCUGCUAUCAACAAGGAAUUGCUCUACAGUCAAUAACGGGCAGUCAACGUAUUGAAAUAGAAGAGUUACAGAAUGAGGAAGAAGAACUAAGUCCACCUCUCAUGGAGUACAAUAUAAAUGUGAAAUCAAACCCUGAAAUACAGUUAGCAGAAAUGAAUAAAGAUGGAGCAUCGAUACCCAGUGAAUCUUCAACAGAAUCUACUAAGGAUCUCCAGGAAGUUAAGAGUAAACCAAAGAAAAAGAAAAAGACUAAGAAUAAAAAGAAUAAGGAAUCAAAAGAAGAACAAGUCCCAAAUAUGGUAGGAAAGGAAGAGCCAUUGAAGAAAGAGCAAGCACAUCUACACCCAGUCAGUAGAUUUAUGAAAGAUGAUGCAAGUGAUAUUCAAGAGGAUUCUGCAACAGAAGACAAGUUCUAUAGUCUGGAUGAAUUACAUAUUCUGGACAUGAUAGAGCAGGGCUCAACCAGCAAAGUAACCACAGAAUAUGGAGAAACUGAGAAGGAGAAGCUUGCUCGGCAAAGGCAGCUUUAUAAAUUGCAUUAUCAGUGUGAAGAUUUCAAAAGACAGUUGAAAACAGUGACUUUUCGGUGGCAAGAAAACCAAAUGCAGAUUAAGAAGAAAGACAAAAUCAUUUCAUCUCUUAACCAACAAGUGGCUUUUGGAAUCAAUAAGGUUUCCAAAUUACAGCGUCAGAGCCACGCUAAAGAUCAUGAAAUCAAGAAUCUUAAGGAGCAACUUUCCAUGAAAAGAUCUCAGUGGGAAAUGGAGAAGCAUAAUCUGGAAAGCACAAUUAAAACAUACUUAAACAAACUGAAUGCAGAAACUAGCAGAGCUUUAACAGCUGAGGUGUACUUCUUACAGUGUCGUAGAGAUUUUGGUCUGCUCCACCUAGAGCAGACUGAAAAGGAAUGCCUCAGUCAGCUUGCCAGGGUGACUCACAUGGCGGCAAGUAACCUGGAAUCACUUCAAUUAAAGGCUGCAGUAGAGAGUUGGAAUGCCAUUGUAACAGAUGUUAGAAAUAAGAUUGCAUUCCUCAGGACACAGUACAAUGAACAAAUUAACAAGGUGAAGCAAGGGUUUGCCUUGAGCACCCUACCUCCAAUCCAGCUUCCUCCACCACCACCUAAUCCUGACAUACUGAUGCAGCAGUUCUUGGGAAGACCUCUUAUGAAAGAAUCUUUCUUUAGACCCAUACUCACUGUUCCUCAGAUGCCUGCCGUUUGCCCUGGAGUCAUCUCUGCACCUGGCCAACCUAGAGCCCCACUGAUGACUGGUAUAGCCUGGACUGUACCGGCGCCUGUGGGAGAUGCUGGGCCUCCUCCCAGUGCAGGUCUGGGAAGUGACCCCCCCAUGAUGAAUUGGGAGAGGAUUAUAGACAGGCUGAAAACUGCUUUUCCACAACAAACCAGAAAGGAGCUUACGGAUUUCUUACGGAAAUUGAAGGACAUUCAUGGGAAAUCCUUAUCUGGACUGACAUUUGAUGAAAUUGUAUACAAGAUUUCCCAAUUUAUUGACCCCAAGAGAUCACAGAGUCAAGGAAAAUCUGUGCCAAAUGGUAACUGUGUUUCACCCAGCCACACUCCUCCACAGUCUAAUGCUGCCCAGCCCCCCAAACCAGCCUGGAGGCCCCUUAGUUCACAAGGGCCUGCCACAUGGGAAGGAGACAAUAAUUUGGAUGAAGAGGAGGAAGAAGAGGAGCCUUGUGUGAUUUGUCAUGAGAAUCUCUCUCCAGAAAACCUCUCAGUUUUGCCUUGUGCUCACAAAUUCCAUUCUCAGUGCAUUAGACCUUGGCUGAUGCAACAGGGGACGUGCCCAACCUGUAGACUCCAUGUUUUGUUACCAGAAGAAUUUCCUGGUCACCCCAGCCGGCACUUACCCAAGAUCUGAUCCAAGAAGGUGACUAUGCAAAAGAAGUUCAGUUAUCAUAUUCCAGAAUUUAGUUUUGCCUUUUAUUAUGAGCUGAUAGUGUGAGUGGUGUGAAGAAGUGUGUUCUUUAGCUAGCUUCUUUUGCACGAUACUAAUCUCAUCAAAGCUGCAGCCAAAGAGGACAGGAUAAAUCUUCAGGACUUGGAACUGAACUGAAAGGGCUUAAAUUUUAAAAGUUAUAUUAUAUUUGCCCUUAUCUUAGUAAGCAUUUUCUUCUGAUGGAAACAUCACUGUUAACAUAAAUCUUGGGAUGUUUUUUCUUGUCUUUUUCCUUCUUAUUCCACUUACCCUUUACUGAAAACAUGCUGCAUUUUAAUUUUCUGAAAUUAAAAGGAAAAGUGGAAUAGAAAACAAGUACAAAAAUUACACAGAUUUUGUUCCUUUUGAGUUUUAAAACUGCUUACAAAUUCUGUAAUUGAAUUAUUUAAAUUUUAUCCCUAUCUUCCCUGUUCUUGUCUAGCCUCUUAAGUGUGUACCCACAAAGAGAUUACGAGCUACUUGAGGGUGGGGACCAUACAGUAGUGUAUUGGAGCUUAGCUAAUAAUAGUUUGUAAGAGAUGACUAUUGAAUUGUUAGGAAUUUUGUGAGCCAGUUACCAGAUUGUUGGUAGCUUGAAAUGGGACAUAGGAGUAUUUAUACCAUAGGGAUCCAUAAAUAUUAUAAGUAAAGGAUUCUCUUCCCAAGAAGGGGUUUGUUAAACGUAUACCAGCCCACCACUGAAACCAUGUCCGAUCCUCCUCUGUGUUCUCAAUGCCUUGCACAAUAGGGUAAGCAUAAAUAUUCCCAGAAUCUGAAACAGGAAAGGAGUUAAUGUGUAAAUUAAGUCACUUGCUCAGUUAAUAAUUGAGAUCUUAUGUUCAUUUGUAAACAUUGUCAUUGGACCUUACACUUGUAGGAUUCUUUUUUUCUGCCUUAAAAGUUUCUUAAUAUCACUUUUGUCUUGCUGCAGGGUAUGAGGGACUGUUUAUAUGUAGCUGCUUCUUAGAACAAAGUUAAUAUCCACUGGGCUAAGCUGCUGCCUAAAGUUUGUCACUAAGAACUUUUAUUCUUAGAGGUCAAAACCCUAUUUUGAAAAUAGUAUUGUGUAAAUGUUGUAAGUGUUAUACAUGUCUCUAGUUAAAUCUAAAGAAUUCAGUUACCAUGUAAGAUGUUACCCGGUUCAUAUUUAAAUAGUUUCCAUAAGUUAAUGAAAUUGAGACUGUGAAUGCGUGUUUUGACUCAGCUAUUUUCUCUGUAUAUUUCAGUGUAAAUGUAUCUUGAAGUUACUUUAAAUCUGUUUGAUUAUCUAUUUCUGUAAUUGUAUGCUAAAUGUUUUCUUCUGUAAUGAUAAUAGACUGGAAAAUGUAGAAGAAAAUAUCCAAAAAUGAAGGCAGUCUUCUAGACACUUAAAAUGCCAAGAAUCUCUCAAUUGAAAAAUUCAGAAAUUAUAAGGCCUUUAAAAAUUGUCUAAUACCUUGAGGUCAUAUGGCAAAUUAUCUUGUAAAACAAAUGUUUCUUAGUUUGUUUACAACUACGAUUUCACUUCAUGUGGAAAAGAUUUUAUCUUUUAAUCAGUUCCAAUGUAUCCUGAAACUGUUUUAAAUCUAUUUAAAACAUCUAUAUCUGCUUAACUGUGAUUUUUUUUUCUGUUAUGACAAAGAAUAGGAAAAUACCCAAGAUGGUAGUCAUUGAGACUUAUAGAAUGUCAGAAUGAUCCUCUAAGACUAUCACCUCAUUUCAUAAGUACAUCUUGCCUAAGAUCAUAUGGAUAAUUAGCAUCUGGGCCAGUCCUAAUUCUUGAAGGUGCUGGCACUUGGUCACAGGCAUUCUUCACAAAAUCAGUCUGUAAGAAUUUCUUGGUGCUGACUCGGCCAUCCUUGAGUCUAAGGAUGGGGCCAGAGAACUCACCACAGUAGCUGUUAUGUAGUGAGAAUGUAGUAGGAUUGUACUUUUGAAAGUCAUGUCCGAUUCUACAGGUGCUGAAGGUAAUGGUAUUUUUUUCUUUUUGAUAAGUAUAAUCUAACAAUGAAGACAACUGUCAGGGACUUUCUAUCUUAAACAAUACUCACUGUCAAUCCUGUGGCUCCUGAGAGAUCUAGAAUCCCAUCCUUCUGGGGGAAUACAAUGAGGGAAGUGGCAACAUUUACAUCAAAAACAAUCUGUAAACAUCUAGUAAUAUCAUUAUAGCUUCUGUCAGAAGAUAUGUCUUGUAAUGUUUCCCUUCAAAUUUAUUUUGUCUAUAAUUAUAACAUUUUCCAGCUAUUUUGAGAUACUUUCAGAAUGCUUGUUACCUCAUUUGAUCCACUGAUAAUUCUAAAGUGGUUGUUUAGUGGAUAUUCCUUAUUUUACAUAUGAUGAAACUGAGGCCCAAGUAAGAAAAAUAAUCCAAGGUCAUAGCUACAAAAUGACAGUUUAAUUUGAAUGCAGAUCUUCUGUCCCUUGGUGUUCUCUUUUAGUACUUCACAAAUACAUCUCCACUUUGGAUUGACUUUGUACAAACAAGAAAAGUGGUUUUUUCUUCUUUGUAAAUAAUAUUCAUCAAAAUAAAAUGAAACAAAUGGUAAA